UCCCGUGCGCCUUGGCAUCUGUUCUUAGUGCAGUUAGCAUCAUUAGCUGCUGUCUCCCUCUCUUGCCUCUAUGUCUAUGUUCUCGGCUGCUACCUGGACACGCUAUUCCCCCCGUGGUUAGUCUGACUCCUACCCGAAUCACGUGAUGACGGAGGACGAAGAUUUACCGCAACACUCACCUGAACAGCAACACCUGUGCGCCGCGUCCAUUCUGUGCUGUCUGCUGCUCGCGUGCGCUUACGUGGGGAGUCUGUACGUGUGGAGGAGCCACCUGCCCAGGGAUCAUCCCACAGUGAUAAAGAGACGGUUCACUAGCGUCCUAAUUGUCUCCGGUCUGUCUCCUCUGUUUGUGUGGACAUGGAGAGAAUUCACUGGAAUUACUACCGGACCAUCGUUCUUCGCUCUGAUGGGGAUCCGAUUUGAAGGUCUGAUUCCUGCCGUCGUCCUCCCCCUGCUGCUCACCAUGGUUCUGUUUCUGGGUCCUCUGAUGCAGCUCGCUAUGGACUGCCCAUGGACCUUCAUGGAUGGGAUCCGAGUCGCCUUUGACCCAUGGUUCUGGGCAUUAUGUGUCAGUGACAUGCGUUGGUUGAGGAACCAGGUGGUGGCGCCGCUCACAGAGGAGCUGGUGUUCAGAGCCUGUAUGCUUCCCAUGUUGGUUCCAUGUACAGGAACAUCCAACGCCAUCUUUACCGUUCCGCUGUUCUUUGGAGUUGCUCACUUCCAUCAUGUGAUAGAGUUGCUCCGCUUCCGACAGGGCACACUUUCGGGGAUCUUCCUAUCUGCAGUGUUCCAGUUCUCCUACACAGCAGUGUUUGGAGCCUAUACGGCCUUCAUCUUCAUCAGGACCGGUCACCUGGUCGGUCCGGUUCUGUGUCAUUCCUUCUGUAACUUUGUGGGGUUCCCGGCGGUCAGCGCGGCUGUGGACCAUCCUCACCGGUUCUCCGUUCUCACCUGUUAUCUUCUCGGUGUUCUUCUCUUCCUGUUCCUGCUGUUUCCGUUUACUGACCCCACCUACUACGGCCUCCCUACACCUGUCUGCACCCUCAGCCCCGCCCCCAGCUCCCUCUGCCUCUCCUGAUUUGCUGCCUCUACAUUCUUCCUCUGUUGGAGGCAGAGCUACAAUUAAGUGUCCCCUUAAGCAAUCAUCUGGUGCUUUUAUUUUGAAGGAGAAGAUGAGGAAGAUGGGCUGAAUAGUUUUGUCUCUGUGUGCAGGAGUCAAACAUGGAUAUAUUUUAAUGCUCCACUAUCUCCUCUGUAACGAGCUGUAACGAGCUCUGUGUGAGAGGACAUAUUAAUCAAGGACGUCCCCUUUCAGGACGCUCAGUCCGUCCCCCUCGGUCCUGGUCCCUGUGGAUCCGAGUCGUUCUUGGUGCUUCUUCACUGCGUGGUCACAGAGAGUCGAGCCGAUUCCACAUGUGGAACGUUUUGAAACUGUGAAAAAGACGAGGCUGCUUCAACGUUCAGCAAUAAUCAACCCUCUGACAAUGUGAGUGUAGGGUAUCUGUGUGUCACUGGGACUACCAGCAGGGGGCGCCAGCUCUCCUCGGUUAAACCUUCAUCACUGACAAUCUGGGUUAAAGUCAGACAAUCUUCUUCUUUGGUGUUCAAACUGUUCUCUGACUUCAGACUGAAACCAGACGGCUGGACAGAUGAAUGCUUUAUUUGAGAGCAGACGGAGAUUUGAGCUCUACUUUCAUAUUUCUGUCAGAAGAAGAGGUAACCACAGGUCAAGGUGUGAUCCUGGAUUUGUUCCCACACAGUCACGUGUUCUUAGCGUGUUUUAUGACGACAAUCUUUGAAUUUGGAUCGUCUGUAAAUAAACUUUUCUACAUCCUCA